AUGGUUGUCCAUGGAAUGCAAGGACAUGUUUGGGUGCUGCUAGAGGAUGCCACCUGGAUGUGCUCCAGUGGGCUCAUGCAAAUGGAUGUGCAUGGGAUGAGGGGUUCUGCUGCUUACGGUGGCAAUUUGGAAAUCUUGAAGUUUGCUCAUGAGAAUGGUUGUCCAUGGGAUGCGCGGACAUGUGCGACUGCUGCCGAACAUGGUCAUUUGGAAGUUUUGAAGUGGGCCCGCAAAAAGGGCUGCCCGUGGGACGAACGGACAUGUUCCUAUGCUGCUCGAUGUGGAUACUCGGACGUGAUCGAGUGGGCACGUGGAAAUGGUUGUCCAUGGAACGAACAUACAUGUCACACGGCUGCCGAAUUCGGUCACCUUCAUACGCUCAAGUGGGCCCGUGCAAAUGGUUGCCCGUGGAAUUCACAGACAUGCGCUAAGGCUGUCCGAAAUGGCCAUUUAGAAAUUCUGAAGUGGUGUCGUGAAAAUGGUUGUCCGUGGGGUGAAGGGACUUGUGCGAGUGCUGCUAAAGGGGGGCAUUUGGAAAUCCUAAAGUGGGCCCGUGAAAAUGGUUGUCCAUGGGACGACUGGACAUGUCUGAGGGCUGCCCAACAUGGCCAUUUGGAUGUGCUCAAGUGGGCUCAUGCGAAUGAUUGUCAAUGGGAUGCUAGACAGGUAUAUCGAUACGCAGAAGCCUGCACGUCUGGCAAAAAGGCUGAAGUGAUCCACUGGUUACGCACCACUGGCGAUGUCAUACCUAGGGAUCCCGAAUCACCGUAA